AGUUGUUUGUUUGUAUUGAUCGUCUGUCAGGGUGAGAGGGGGGAGAGGUCACUUCCGGUGCUGAAAGGAGCAGCAUCCCCACAUAGCCGCCGCGCCGAGGAGGAGACGUCUUCCUGCGGCCAAGAUGUCUGCAGAUGUCGCGGUGUCUCUGGCGGUCCUGGUGGGCGUGGUCGCGCUGAGUGAUGUCAUCCGGAGGCCCUUGUGCGGUCUCCUUGCGGGCACGAGCAUGCGCGCGUACGCCGCCGAGCUCGUGUCCACUUUCCAGCUGUGCUGCUGCACGCACGAGCUCCAGCUGCUGUCGGAGGUGGGCGUGGUCCCGGCGGGUGUGUCUCUGACGCUCACCUACCUGGCGGCGGUGACCCACGGCCUCACCUUCCGCGGCGCCACGGGGAACCCCAUCGGCACGCUGGCGCACGCCUACCGCGCCCGCAUCUCGGGCGUGAGCGCGCUGCUGAGGAUCGCGUGCCAGUUCGCCGCCGCCCGCGCGGCGCGCGCCGCGGUGCAGGUGAUCUGGGGGCGGGGCUUGUCCGGGCUGCACGCGCGCCACGCCCUCAGCGGCUUCCGGUGCGCCAGCGCCAUACGCGCGCCCCUUCACGCCGCCGCGUGCGUGGAACUGGCGUGCGCCUUCGCCGUUCAGACGGCUGUCACGCACGCGCGCGGCCUGCGCGACAGGUACCGCGUGCACGCGACCGCUGCGGUCAUCACGUCGGUGGUCUGUGCAGGGGGCAGUGUGACAGGAGCAGUGUUCAACCCGGCUUUGGCCUUCUCCACGCUGUUUGGCUGCACCGGAAGCUCCACAGCGGAAUACUGCGUGGUCUACUGGGUGGGACCCCUGCUGGCGCGUUUCUGCCACUCUUCUUGCAGGAAUGGCGUCCUCUGUGCUGAUCUUCGACAAAGUGUCUCCUCCGUUACCAUUGGACGCCAUGAAGAGGAAGUGAGACAUCAGCAACACGUGACCGGAAGGGCACAAACUACAAGAAGGCGCCAACUUUAUGUGACUUUUUUUCCCCCCGUGGAUUGUAACUUGAAGAAAGUCAUGGCGAUUAGUGGCCACUUCAUUAGGUACAAGAGCUGUCAAAAAGCAGUACAAAAUUAUAGUGCAGGGGUGCCCAAACUUUGUCCACUGAGGGCCACAGACUGACAAAUCAAAGGACGCGGGGGCCAUUUUGGUAGUUUUCACCAUUUCCAUGUAAAAUAAUUAGGGAUGUCCGAUAAUGGCUUUUUGCCGAUACUCCGAUAUUGUCCAACUCUUAAUUACCGAUACCGAUAUAUACAGUCGUGGAAUUAACACAUUAUUAUGCCUAAUUUGGACAACCAGGAAUGGUGAAGAUAAGGUCCUUUUUAAAAAAUAAAAUAAAAAAUAAGAUAAAUAAAUUAAAAAACAUUUCUUGGAUAAAAUAAAGUAAAACAAUAUAAAAACUAGAGAUGUCGGCAGGCCGAUUUUAUCGGCCGAUAAAUGCUUUAAAAUGUAAUAUCGGGAAAUAUCGGUAUCGUUUUUUUUAUUAU